UUCGUCGUCAUCAUUUUAGCGUUUGGUGUUUACGUCGGACUCGCCGGAGGCAAAUGCAUUCAAAUUGACCACGAUUUAUUCGCUUUGCCGGUGUAAGAGUGAGACGAAAAUCGAAACACGUCAAUAUGCCGCCAAAAGGAAAACCAUUAACUAAAGGCCAGAAGCAGAUUGUGGAGGAGAAUAAAAAGACUCUCCAGUUCUAUCAGUACAUCCUACUAGGUGUAAAUGGAGUGUACUGGCUGCUUCAGUAUUGGUUGUUCUGGGACAGCUUCACAUUAUUUUACAUGUUUCUUGGUGUAUCAGCAGUACUGGCAUGCCUAGGGAGUUAUAAGUUUAUGCAAAGUAUGGCUCAGGCAAAGUACACACCAGAGGGCGCUCUAAUAGAUGGAGGACUUGACCUCAAUAUGGAAUCAGGAAUGUCCGAGCAUGCUAAGGACCUCAUCUUGUUCACCUCUAUAGUCCAAAGUGUCAGCCUACUUUCUAAUUAUUUCUGGCUCUUAUGGUUACUGGUUCCUGGUAGAGCAUUCUACAUGUUAUGGGUGAAUAUCUUGGCACCUUGGAUAUUUGCACCGCCGCCAGAGGUUGAUGAAAAGAAGACGAAGAAGAUGGAGAGGAAGAUGCGAAGACAUUAAUUGCUGUUAAAUGCUCCUUAAUUGUUAUUAUUAAUUUAAACAUGAAUUUUUAUAGCAAAAAGUACAA